AUGGCGGCCGCGGCGCGAGACCGGCGGCGAAGGGGCCGCGCUCUCGGGGCUGCCUCCGCCGCUGCCGCGGAAGACGACGGGGAGGAGCACCACCUCAACCCCUUCCUCUCGGACGCGGCGCCGACGUCUUCGAGAGUCCAGUUCAGGAACGUGGCGUCGCGGGCGCGGUGGGUGGAGGAGGCCGGCGCGGCGGAGGUGUUGGACAACAAGGGGAAGCUCUGGCUGACCACCGGCGUCACACGGGGCGGCAGGCUCUACUACAAUGUCGAGGAGAUCGGGUUUUUGGCAGAAAGAGGGGCAUUGAUUUUUCUCGAUGAUGAGGGUGCGACAAUAGGAAUGGAAGAAAUCUAUGGAAAGAUUGCAGGAGGAAAAUAUGGGUGCUCCUGGGAUGCCUUUCAGGCUUACAAACACUUGAAGUUGCUUGGCUACAUUAUCGGACGAUAUGGUGUCCCCUGGACAAUGAAGCAUAGCCCUACUUGUGAAACCACUGAUUCCCUCGAGGGUAUGCCUGACACUGACCAGAGUUUCAAUAGAGCCAAUGGUGUCCGCAAUGGCAUCACGAAAUUGCUCGGAGAAAUGCACAUAGAUGGGUUACAUCCAUCCUUUGAAGUGUAUCUACCAAAUAACAAAUUUAGAAAGUCAUCCCCUGGAGCCCCUUGUUUCCUCCUAUCUAUGCUAAGAGACAAACCACCAUCAAGGGAUGAACUGGAAACCAUCGAAAGCAAGUGUGACGGCAUUCCUCUUAAAUUUUGUCAAGUUGAUAAUGGACGUGUCAGCUUUCUCUCCUUCGACAAAGUUCUACUUCCUAGUUUGCCCUGA